GUACUCAAAAUGUAAUUUCCCCAAAUCGGACAGAUUCUACAAAGACAAACAAUGCCGAGGAUAACCACUGUACUUCGCCAGAGUCGCAAGGCCAUCCAAGAUUUGGAUCUUCUCAAAGUCCUGCAAUCAGAAAUCAGAUGCGAACAGUCCCUCAAUCCCGAACUGGAUAAUCAAAGUGGUCCUACUGGAGAUUUCGUGUUGGAUUGGGAUUCACCACAGUCCCAAGAUGUGGUUUUGCGGAAGAAAUAUGAGUCAGGUGAGGAGGUUGCAGUUUCAGCUUUGCUAGGUCCUGAAAUCACUUGUGCAGAUAGUAACUCUCGUAGAGACGUUUUAAUGAAGAUAUGCAUAAAAAAGCCUGGGUUGAGCUCUAUCUUGCAGUUUGAUUGUGGUUAUUCAUCUGAGUUUGAUGUUCACAAUGCUUAUUAUAUCCCCCCAUCAGCUUGUCUGCACUCUUCAGUCUACAAGGGCCCCUCGUUCAGUUCGUUGGACCCACAAUUGCAAGAUGAGCUCAGAAACUAUCUGGUGUCAAAGGGAAUUGACCAGAGUUUUGGCGAUUUCCUUCUCCACCGCCUGCACAACAAGGAGCAAAGUCAGUACCUGAACUGGCUUCGUAAAUUGGAGGCCAUGGUGGCAGGAAGUGAAUCAUCAUUCGACAAUUAACAGAGCUCUCCUACAUCUUCAAAAUCUCUGGUUCAUUGACGAUGAUAGUGUCAAUGUGGCAGGUGAAUGCAGAUUGCUUCGGAGUGAAACCCAAUGUCCAACUCUAAACCAGAAUCGACCAUUAUAGACAUCAAAAGCUAUAAUGUGGAGUUGUUUUUGUUCUGUAGUUUAAACUUGUCCAAAUCAAAUUGUUUCAUUUCUUGUUGAUGAUAUGGGUUAGAGUAGCCUUAUUAAAGAUAGGAUGCUAGAUAGAAAUAACUAGCGAGUUAGAAUUCAUGUAGCCGGCAGCCGUGAUGGUGCAUGACAUAUAUUUCCUUGUGAGUGAAGAAGAAUGGAAUAGAAUUUAUA